UUAUGGCGGUCUAAAAUUACAAAAGAAAUAUAUAAAAAAAAAUAAUAAUAAACAAUUGAAAUUGGUUGAGUUAUAACGGUCACUCUUGCUUCCCAUGAAUCUCUUCCUUGGAGCAGAGAACACGCAAUGCAGAAGACCCUUCGCAUCCAAACGCCAUUCCCACUCACACAAGCCUCUCUUUGCUUCUGCAGCAUUUCUCAAAUGAACGCUUUGCUUCACAUCACCACCAUUUCUACACCAAGAUCUCCAACUCUUGGCUUGUCUCUUUCCCAUUGCCAUGGAAACCAGACUCAAAAACCGAUUAUCUGUGCAAGAAAAAGAAAAAGGCAGAUUCUGUCUGCAAGAUCGAGAAAACUCAUGUUCCAAUUGAUACCCAUCAUCGCAUCUAAUCUCAAGAUUUCACCACAACCGUUGGAUUGGUUAAUCGCAGAGAUCGCCGGCGGAGAUGGGAGUGGGGGAGGUUUGGGGUUCUGGAAGGGCUUUGGAUGGGGAGGCUUUGAUGGGUGGAGAAGAAAAAGGAAGAGGAACUUGCUAUUAUGUGGGUUUUUGCUAAUUUUCUGUUUGGGUUUCUUGUGUGGGAGAGAGAUUGAGAGCAAUGUGGUUUGGUGGGUUUUGGGUUUUAGUCCAAUUGGGAUUGCUCUGAUUCAUUUGUUGGGAAAGAGAGGAAUUCAAAGUUGGAUUUUUGGGUUUUGUCUUUGUAUUGUUUCGGUGAGCCUGUGUCUUAGGAGAGAGGAGGUUCAAAAAUGGGUUGGCAAAUUUGGGAUUUUUUCUUCUAUGAUAGAGACUGAAAGAAGACGUAGAAGAAGAAGAAGAAGAAGUGGAAGAGCAUUCUAAAGAAAAGUAAAAGUGGAAGAGCAUUCUUAGUGAUGGCUGCCAGAAACAUAAAUUUGUCCAAUUCUUUUUGUACAAUGAAUGACAUUGUUCAUUCUUUUCUCAUCAAAUGCAAUAAAAAGAUCAUUCUUUAUUCAUGUUCAA